AUGCAAAACCUAUAUGAUAAACCAGGGAUAAACACAACGGGUCGUGUUGUAUGUGAUCCCAACAGGGGUCGUGCUGUCUGUGAUCCCAGCAGGGGUCGUGUUGUAUGUGAUCCCAGCAAUGGUCGUGCUGUCUGUGAUCCCAGCAGGGGUCGUGCUGUAUGUGAUCCCAACAGGGGUCGUGCUGUCUAUGAUCCCAGCAGGGGUCGUGUUGUAUGUGAUCCCAGCAAUGGUCGUGCUGUCUGUGAUCCCAGCAGGGGUCGUGCUGUAUGUGAUCCCAGCAGGGGUCGUGCUGUCUGUGAUCCCAGCAGGGGUCGUGCUGUAUGUGAUCCCAACAGGGGUCGUGCUGUAUGUGAUCCCAGCAAUGGUCGUGCUGUCUGUGAUCCCAGCAGGGGUCGUGCUGUCUGUGAUCCCAACAGGGGUCGUGCUGUAUGUGAUCCCAGCAGGGGUCGUGCUGUCUGUGAUCCCAACAAUGGUCGUGCUAUAUGUGAUCCCAGCAGGGGUCGUGCUGUCUGUGAUCCCAGCAGGGGUCGUGCUGUCUGUGAUCCCAACAAUGGUCGUGCUGUAAGUGAUCCCAGCAGGGGUCGUGCUGUCUGUGAUCCCAACAAUGGUCGUGCUGUAUGUGAUCCCAGCAGGGGUCGUGCUGUCUGUGAUCCCAGCAGGGGUCGUGCUGUAUGUGAUCCCAGCAGGGGUCGUGCUGUAUGUGAUCCCAGCAGGGGUCGUGCUGUAUGUGAUCCCAGCAGGGGUCGUGCUGUCUGUGAUCCCAACAGGGGUCGUGCUGUCUGUGAUCCCAGCAGGGGUCGUGCUGUAUGUGAUCCCAGCAAUGGUCGUGCUGUCUGUGAUCCCAGCAGGGGUCGUGCUGUAUGUGAUCCCAGCAGGGGUCGUGCUGUAUGUGAUCCCAGCAGGGGUCGUGCUGUAUGUGAUCCCAGCAGGGGUCGUGCUGUAUGUGAUCCCAGCAAUGGUCGUGCUGUCUGUGAUCCCAGCAGGGGUCGUGCUGUAUGUGAUCCCAGCAGGGGUCGUGCUGUAUGUGAUCCCAACAAUGGUCGUGCUGUAAGUGAUCCCAGCAGGGGUCGUGCUGCCUGUGAUCCCAACAAUGGUCGUGCUGUAUGUGAUCCCAGCAGGGGUCGUGCUGUAUGUGAUCCCAGCAAUGGUCGUGCUGUAUGUGAUCCCAGCAGGGGUCGUGCUGUCUGUGAUCCCAACAGGGGUCGUGCUGUCUGUGAUCCCAGCAAUGGUCGUGCUGUAUGUGAUCCCAGCAGGGGUCGUGAUGUCUGUGAUCCCAACAAUGGUCGUGCUGUAUGUGAUCCCAGCAAGGGUCGUGCUGUCUGUGAUCCCAACAAUGGUCGUGCUGUAUGUGAUCCCAGCAGGGGUCGUGCUGUCUGUGAUCCCAGCAAUGGUCGUGCUGUAUGUGAUCCCAACAGGGGUCGUGCUGUCUGUGAUCCCAGCAGGGGUCGUGCUGUCUGUGAUCCCAGCAGGGGUCGUGCUGUCUGUGAUCCCAGCAGGGGUCGUGCUAGGAAAUGGAGAGAUGGGGAAGAACUAGAGGGAAAGGGCGAGGGAGGGAACAAAGGGGAUGUGUGUAUGGCGAGGGACGAUGAAGAAGAGACCCAGGUGAAGCCGGAAGCCGAAGCUGAAAUAAAGGCUGAAGCUGAAUCAGUAACUUUGAAUCAGAAUAGUGAUGGUCCUAAGGAUAAAGAAAGGACUAUCAUAAAUCUCGUAUGCCAGUUAUUGGAUAUAGCUCAUCAAGAGAAUACCAUCCUGACUAUGCAGGAUAUCAUAGAAGGUUUGCAUUUAGUCAUGAAGAAGAGACAAGCAAACCAGGCGCUUGUAGCCUACACCAAAUCUACAGAAAAUGUACCCACAUCAGACUCCUUAACUGAACCUCCUAAAAUGACAGUCUUUAGGUAA